AUGUUGAAGGAGUUGAACCAGCAACGCAGAGCGAAAGAGUUUACAGACCUGAAAAUUAUUGUUGAAGGCAAAGAGUUUGAAGUCCACCAAAAUGUUCUAGCUUCCUGCAGCUUGUAUUUCAAGGACCUGAUUAAAAGGUCACCACGAGACAGUAGCAGAAGCGGGGAGAAGCUGGAAUUGGCUAUGUCCAACCUCACUGCGGAUGUCCUGGAAUUACUCCUGGAGUUUGUUUAUACAGGUUCUUUGAUCAUAGAUUCAGCCAAUGCAAAAACCCUCCUGGAAGCUGCCAGCAAGUUCCAGUUUCAUACUUUCUGUAAAGUCUGCGUUUCGUUUCUAGAAAAACAGCUGACUGCUAGCAACUGCUUAGGAAUAUUAGCCAUGGCUGAAGCCAUGCAGUGCACUGAACUAUACAACAUGGCCAAAGCGUACGCCCUGCAGAUUUUUCCAGAGGUGGCAAACCAAGAAGAGAUCCUUAAUAUCUCAAAAGACGACUUCAUUUCCUACAUGUCCAAUGACAGCCUGAACACCAAAGCGGAGGAGUUGGUGUAUGAAACAGUGAUAAAGUGGAUUAAGAAGGACACUGCAAUCAGAGCUCAGUAUGCCGCGGAGUUGCUGGCAGUGGUGCGCCUCCCCUUCAUCCAUCCCAGCUAUCUGCUAAACGUUGUUGACAACGAGGAAUUGAUAAAGUCUUCCGAGGCUUGCCGGGAUCUAGUGAACGAAGCCAAACGUUAUCACAUGCUGCCGCACGCUAGACAAGAGAUGCAGACGCCAAGGACCCGGCCCAGGCUCUCUGCAGGUGUAGCCGAGGUAAUAGUCUUAGUUGGGGGUCGUCAGAUGAUUGGCAUGAAUCAACGUGCUUUAACAGCAGUCACUUGCUUAAAUCCUCAAAACAACAAGUGGUACCCGUUGGCCAGCCUGCCCUUCUAUGAUCGAGAGUUUUUCAGCGUGGUCAGUGCUGGGGACAACAUCUAUCUCUCAGGCGGCAUGGAGUCGGGUGUCACGCUCGCUGAUGUCUGGUGUUACAUGUCCUUGCUCGAUAACUGGAACCUCGUGUCCCGCAUGACAGUCCCAAGGUGUCGACAUAACAGUCUGGUGUACGAUGGGAAAAUUUAUACCAUUGGAGGGGUCGGAGUGGCAGGCAACGUUGACCAUGUGGAAAGGUACGAUACGAUAACCAACCAGUGGGAGACCAUUGCUCCUCUGCCAAAGGCCGUCCAUUCGGCCGCUGCGACCGUUUGCGGUGGGAAGAUCUACGUCUUCGGUGGGGUGAACGAAGCCGGCCGAGCCGCAGGGGUCUUGCAGUCCUACAUCCCUCAGACUAAUUCGUGGAGUUUUAUAGAGUCUCCGAUGAUCGAUAACAAAUAUGCUCCUGCAGUCACUCUCAAUGGGUUCAUCUUUAUUCUUGGAGGAGCUUAUGCACGAGCAACCACCAUCUAUGACCCAGAGAAAGGCAAUAUUAAAGCAGGUCCCAACAUGAACCACUCCAGGCAGUUCUGCAGUGCUGUGGUUCUGGAUGGAAAAAUUUAUGCCACUGGUGGAAUCGUUAGCAGCGAAGGACCUGCCCUGGGAAACAUGGAAGCCUACGACCCCAAAACAAACACGUGGACACUUCUACCAAAUAUGCCCUGCCCUGUUUUUCGACACGGCUGUGUAGUAAUCAAGAAGUACAUUCAGAGUGGCUGA